GGAAUAUAAAGUCCCGCACAUGUUUACUGUUUGUCCACAAUUAAUUUUUAUAAUAUCAAGGGAGCUGAGAGAAAGAGUCUGGUCAACUAUCCUGUGCGGGGCUUUGUUAAAGGACGACCUAACGACAUUGAGAGUGACGUUUUAUUUUUUCUUUUACUUUUAAGAUUCGUCAAAUCUGUUUAAAUAGUGAGGAGGAAUCUGUCAUUUCUCGACGAUCGGCCCUUGACCAUCAGCACUCAUGUACAACAGCGGCUAUUCUCAGGUGAACAAGUACAGUCCAGGGCCCCAGAAGAAGAUGCAGUACCGCUCAAAGGGCAAGAGCUGCGGCUACUACAUGCGCAUCGUCUUCUUCUUCUCUUCGCUCAUUCAGACUCUCAUCAUAGUCAGCCUUGUGCUCUUUCUCAUCUACGGCAAGAAAGACGACACGGCCUCUGCAUCGCACGUCCAGGACCUGGAGAAAAGCUUCAGCCAACUCUCCAUUGAAAAUGUUGCCCUGCGGCAGCAGAGGAAGAACCUGACAAACGUGCUGAAUGUCACUCUGACCAGCAAGGCUCAAGUGGACCUGCAACUGAAGAAGUUCCAGGAAAUCAUGAAAACCUCAAUACUUGUUAUCCAAGACUUGCAAAGAAAGAAUCAACAGUGUAAUACCGAAUUGUUCCAUUGCAAGUUCCAAAAGCCUGGUGGGAUCCUACCAACAUUACCAAUUGGCUGUAACCGUGUGUUCAUUGAGCAGCUGAAUGCCAAGCUCCAGCUUGUGGAAUCCAACUUUACUCAUACCGUACAGAGGAUGAGGAUAGAGAUGGAUCAGAUUGUGAAGCAGAGGGACGACGUAACACUGGAGACCAUCCAGCUGAGGAGAGACAAAUCCAUACUGGAAAAUGAGGUGCACAGCUAUCAGCAAAAGGCCAAGGAUGAAUUUUCUUACCACUUGAGUGGCGUCUCCAAUGUCUCCAAAGCUUUCCUGCAGAAGAUCGACUCCCUUUUUCCCACGCACAUUGCCUUCCAACUUACCUGUUCUAAGCAAAGAGAACACCUGGAGCAGAUCCGCACCAACUGUACCAGCCUGUCUAGAGAAGUGGAAGACAAGCUCCAGAAUUACCUCAACAUUGUGGGAAACAAGGUGACAGACAUCCAGGGAGAGAACAGACACUUAAAGGCGGAAAACUGGCGGCUGUACGAGGACUACCGCUGGUGCAGCAACAACCGCUCAGGCUUGAUCCAGCAGCACAAAGUGAACCUACAACAGCUUCAGGCAAAACAUGAUGAAGACAAGGAAAGACUCCUGAUAGACAAGAGGAGGCUAAGUGGAGAGAUAAAGGUCCUGGAAAACAAUAUUACAUUUAAAUGUAAAGAGGUUGAUCACCUUAAAGAGCAAGUCAAGACCCUCAACCUGUCCUGCAUGUCUAAGACUGGGAUUUUUGGGUCAACUGUUCGUGGGAACCCACCACCACAAGUAGCGAUCAAUCCCAAACCCAGUUUGGGAUCUGGGACUAGUCAGGGUGUUAAUACAUCGCCAUUUGACACAUCAAGGAUGAGCGGCGUGGUGGGUGGCGCAGUCAACCUAACUCAGCAUCUUCAAGAACUGCAGCGCAUCAUCAACCCCCCGGGACCACAGAAGAAACAAGAUCUCUCCACAAUGUUGGGUUAAGUCAUAUGCACUGCAUUCAUUAUCACAACUGAAUCCAUUCUUCUCACAUUCAGUCCAAGUAUCGCAUGAUUAAUAAAUCAACCAUAGAAUGGACAGUUUAUACUUGGUAUUUACAUUUGCAUUUACAUUGCAUUUGCAUUUAUAAAAGGAAUACCCUGAAUAUUGUUAGAGAGUUAUUGUCAGUUUAUAUGUUAACGAUGUACAUCUGCACAGUAUGCAUUGCAUGAAAAACCAUGUAUAUCUGUUGUCAUUGUUAUUCUGUUUAAACCUAAGUACUUUAACCUCGCCUGUCCCUUUUUAUAAACAAAGCUAUUUAAGAUAUUACACUGUUCACACCCGGAAAUAACAGUUUAUCUCUGCAUGCGUCACCUAUUGUGUGGCAAAUUGUUCGCAAAUCUCUGUCCGACCCCUCUGGUGGUGUUUGUUGCAAGAAUUACUGGCAACAGCUUUUAAUCUGCCCUCAUAGCUGCCCUGCUGCCAGAGGUUAAAGAAUGUUUGAAAACACUGUAUUGAGUUAAAAUAAGAGAGUACAAAGUCACUUCAGGACACAUAAUGACUGGAGUGUGUUAUUUUAGGUGUUUGGGGCUCAAAUGGUGUCCCUCUGCAGCACCUCUGAUCAGACAGACAAAUGGGUGUCUGUGUAAUCUCUGUUCAUAAAACCUCUAGUGCACUGUAAAGCCAGUGGGCAAAGUAGUGUCAGAAUCCUCCAAAUGAAUGUCAUUAAAUUAAAGAUAUUCAUUUAAUGUCAAAAAGUAGAUAUUAUAACAGAUUUUAUGCAUGAUGAGCUUUACUGUAUAAAACAGCUGCUGUUAAAAAAAGAUGCACAAAAGUCAGUAAUUUAAUGUGUAAAUACAAUUACAUACUACACUAACAAUAUAUAACGUUUUCUGUAGAAUAAACUUUUUAUUUUCAAUUAACACUUAGCAUUUGACUUUCAUGCAAUGCAGAUAUUUAGUAAAUGGUUCACAAGUUCAGUCUGCAGUAGAGCCCUGAAGGUGAUCUACUUUACAGUAGAACUGAUUUAAUGUGCACUGAAUUAUUUUGUAAAAUGAAAAUGAAAUGUACUAUUAUGAUGCUCAAAAGAAAAAAAUGUUGAAUGACUAUAGAAAAUACCUAAUGCCGUUGCUUUGAACACCUUCUGCCUUAUUGGUUUCAUAUACACAUCCUUUUUUCAGUCACAAUAUACUUUGUUUAAAUUUUCCCUCUUUAAAUGAUACGUAGCAUUAACUUAUCACACAUCCACAGGGGAAAUAUUUACACACAGCAAAUGCUGUAGAGAGGAUGGAAGAUUGACUAAUAUCUGAAAGAUUUCUUUGAACUGAGCUAAACCUACCCAUCACUUACGAUCUGUGUACUUGGACACCCAUGCAAAUAGUGUGAAACAAAUUCCUGCACUUACGAUUCGUUCAUGUUAAAAUUGAUGGUGCGGUAUGCAGUAAUUUACUACAUAAGUGUCAAGUUUCCAUUCUAUCAUAAAUGAUUGUUAUAGCUUGCAACAAUAAAUAAAAUUUUAAAGAUG